AGCCAAGAUAUCGGUGCAUAUUUAAACGGAAGCCGAACGACGUUGACACGAGCCGCAUCCAACAGUGGACCCAAACAAGAGAAGACCUUCCUACACAUCCUUCUGUUAAAUUACAACGACCCAUCUGCGUGGCCACUCCGAAAUUAACAAUCUGAGACGUGUACUUGGACUAGUUCGUUUUAACACGUUUUUCUCCAAGUAGCCUGAAGAUUUAAGAAUGACCGUCAUUUCGGGACCCAGCUACGAGGCCUACUCAUGGGGAGCCCAAGGUUCCAAGUUCGGCAAUCAGACUGUAGUGGACAAGGUUCCACCCGAAAUGCUACAUCUGAUCGACGCCCAUUGGUACCAGUACCCGCCGCUAAAUCCGUUAUGGCACGCGAUCCUCGGUUUCGUGAUCGGUGUGCUCGGUUUCGUCUCCGUUAGCGGUAACGGCAUGGUCGUCUACAUAUUCCUAUCGACGAAGAGCCUUCGUACGCCGAGCAACAUGUUCGUUAUAAAUCUUGCCAUCAGCGACUUCUGCAUGAUGCUCUGCAUGUCUCCGCCAAUGGUGAUCAAUUGCUAUUACGAGACAUGGGUACUUGGGCCGCUCUUCUGUGAAAUCUACGCGAUGACGGGCUCCUUGUUCGGAUGUGGCUCCAUCUGGACGAUGACGAUGAUUGCGUUCGACAGAUACAACGUAAUCGUGAAAGGUUUAUCUGGUAAACCGUUGACCAUUAACGGAGCUAUACUCCGUAUACUGGGUAUAUGGGUCUUCUCUUUGGUUUGGACCGUCGCGCCUGUGUUAGGCUGGAAUCGAUACGUACCAGAGGGCAACAUGACGGCGUGCGGUACCGAUUACUUUAGCAGAGACAUAGUGUCUGUCUCUUACCUCAUCUUGUACAGCAUUUGGGUAUACUUCUUCCCGUUGUUCCUCAUCUGUUACAGCUACUGGUUCAUCAUCAAGGCGGUCGCCGCCCACGAGAAGAAUAUGCGGGAACAAGCCAAGAAGAUGAACGUGGCCUCUCUGCGAUCAAGCGAAAAUCAAAACACCAGCGCCGAGUGCAAAUUGGCAAAGGUUGCUCUUAUGACGAUCUCCUUGUGGUUCAUGGCGUGGACCCCGUAUCUGGUCAUCAACUUCUCCGGCAUAUUCAAUCUCAUGAGCAUCAGUCCGCUGUUUAGUAUCUGGGGCGCUCUGUUCGCCAAAGCCAACGCUGUCUACAAUCCAAUCGUUUAUGGAAUCAGUCAUCCGAAGUACCGAGCAGCGCUUUUCCAGAAGUUCCCAUCGUUGGCGUGCGCCGCCGAACCUGCGCACACGGAUGCGACCUCUACCGUUUCCGGCACCACCACUGUCGCCGACAGCGAAAAGGCAAACGCGUAAAAUCAACGAAACACACACUUUCGAUCGAACGAUCAAAGAACGAUGAACAAUACAAACAAAAAUACGACCGACUAGGAUAAGGAGGGACGAUGCUAGGUUUAAUUACAGACACGAUUUGUAAAUAGUAAUAUCGUUUGUCGUGUUGAGAGAUCCUUUUUUUUACAUGUCACGGGAGUGCACGUUCGGCUUUGAAAUUCGGUAUCGAACGUGCUCGGUUGAGGAGAAACAUCGUCUGACAAGCGUAUCCCAUUCGAUCAUAUGUUCCCAGUGUACGGAAUUGUUCCAACAUCCGGUAUUAAAUGAGAAAUCUUUCGACCGCCUAUGAUUGAUGGAACGUGUGAUUCCCAUUCUCACCACAAUGCGAAUCAUUUUAACGUCAAGCCAUAGGUAAAGAUUUUGAUUUUGUACAUUUUAUUGCCCAGCAAUAUACAUGGUCACUUUGGUAUAGCAGGUACCAGCUCUGUGUUUACUAGAUAGGUAAACGUGUAUCAUAUUAUCGUAAGAUACGAUGAGAGUGUUGUAUCUGUACCUUAAUUUUAUAAAUGCAAAUAAACUCUGCAAGCAACAAGACAA